AUGAUUGGACGCCCGGAGAGGGAGGACGGGGCCAGCAGUGGCGGCAGCAGCAGCAACCCAGCGCAGACAUUCUCAAAGCGAGGAUUCCGAAGUCGCAACGGUCGCCUGUCCAACGUUGUGGUCAUCGAAGUGAACAAGAAUAAUCUGUCGAAGACCUGGCCCUAUCUGCGCAGCUGCAUUUACAAUGCUUCGUUCAUUGCUAUCGAUCUGGUACGUUCUUACCCUUCACAGUACUGUGUUUUUGCGAAAUUUUUGGCUUAG